AUGGCAUAUUAUUCGCCCAAGAAGUUUACAGUCUUCUACAUUGAUCCAGAGAAUUACUUCUCCAAAUGGGCGGAGGCAGUGCCGCUUCGGGAAGUUACAGCAAAUCAGGUCCUCCAAUUUUUCAAGACACAAGUUGUUUACAGAUUUGGAGUUCCUCGAAGAAGAAUCUCGGACAACGGGACAGCUUUCAAAAAUACAAAGAGAAACAACUUCGUUCGAAGACACGGAAUAGAUUGGAGAUACUCAACAAUCUAUUACCCUAAAGCUAAUGGUCUGGCCGAAGCCUUCAACAAAACUCUGGUUCAGAUUUUGAAAAAGACAUUAACCAGUAAUACGAGACACUGGCACGAACAAUUGACAGAAGCUUUGUGGGCUUACCGUACCACAUACCGAACACCGACACGGUCGACACCGUUUGCUCUGGUGUACGGGUCCGAAGCCGUACUUCCGCUCGAGGUACAACUUCCCUCUCUCAGAAUAGCAAUUACCGACAAAAUAACCGAAGAAGAAAAUGCAAGGCUGCGACUCGAAGAACUUGACAGUUUGGAGGGUAAGCGCCUACAAGCUCAACAAAAUCUGGAGCUGUAUCAGGCAAAGAUGAUACGGGCCCGCGACAAGUUGGUUCGUCCAAGGACAUUUCAAGUCGGCGACCUGGUCUUAAUACUCCGAAGACCUAUCCUGGCACACCGCAAAAUGGGUGGAAAAUUGGAAAAACCCGUUUGUGGUGAACUAAAAGGAAUAAUCGAUGAAGAUGUAGAAGGUAAGAUCAGGGAGUGCAAACUUGCGCGCGAGAGUGUGGCUGACGAUCGACAGAGAAUUUCGAAAGAGAACGAAGGUGUUUUGUCGAGAGCAGGGGGAGGCGAAUUAGACGUAUACGGGAGGGCUAAGCGGCUUCGUGCGGAGGAGAGGCGAGCGAGGCUUCGAUCGAGACUGGAGAAGGUGAGCGGGAGUGGGAUCGAGCGGUCUCGGUGCCGCGAGGAGGAGGCGAAUCAGAAGGAUGAAGCAGGCGAGGGUUUCGGUACAGAGGAGGAGGGGAGCGGGGGUGUUCGGUCGAGCAAGGAAGGAGGCGGGAUCGAACGCGAGGAAGCCGAGCAGGAAAUGCGAGCCAAGCAGGAGGAGGGAGCCGGGAUUGAGAGAGGAAGAGGAAGCUGGGUUGAUUACCGCCCUGCUGGAGUUUCUCCCGGUGCUUUCUACCGAUCAUUUUCCCUUGCAUAUAUACGGCUGGGUGCUUCCUUUGCCAAUAUUCAUCCAGAAGCGAUCAUCGUAGGCUAUGCUCGAUCGUCUGCAUCUUCUUCCAAAGCCGUCUAUUUGGUUUGA